ACAUUCAUUUUGCUUAUGAACACAGAACAAAAUCCCUGUUAUGAUGUACUGUAAAAUUGUCGUCGUUAUUUUCAUUUUUAUGUUCGAAUUUUGCGUGACAUCAAAAAUGUUUGAAAAUGAUUUAAAUGUGAAUGAUAUACUUCGGUUGGAUUUAAUGCCUACUUCUUUCAUAGUGGAAAAUUCUACUCUAAGCGAUGCGUUCCCUAAGAAUAUAAUGUCACAUGGCAAUGGAUCGAUGGAUGCAGCUUUAUCCACUCUAAAUUUUCACAGGAAAAUGAUGAACGAGUACCAAUGCCGUAAUUACGUGGCUGAACAAAUAUUAGAAGAAAUGGGUAAAAGUGUUCCGCAAAACAGGAUUGGACAACCCUUUACCGCCGUUGGGAAAGACAAUUAUACUUUAUUCAAGAAACGCACCCAAGAUCUCAGAAAUAACUUGUAUGAUGUUGGUUCCGCAAAUUAUCAGGAAUGGCUGGCUAAAGUGGCGGCUCAAAAUGAAUUAUUUAAGCAAUACAAUAAUAUAGUAAACGGUGAUACGAUCAAUAAUGCAUCUAUAUCAACUCCGAAUUUGCAAACUAGAGAAGGAUACGAAGUAUACGAAGGCACUGAGACAUCUGGCUAUGCUGAACCUGAGGAACAUGUUCACGAUAUUUCUAAAUAUAGUGGUGGCUAUGAAUACUCGAUGCCGCCUCCACCACCGCCUGUAUAUCCCCAUCGCUUAGCGCCUCGAGAGCACGCUGUGGAAGAAGAGUAUGUGGAACGAGACUCCCAUGGACUCGGCCUGGCCGACCUCUUCGACAUAUCGCUUACUGGAAUUGCCUUCCUUUCUUUUGGCAUGUUCGUGUUACAAGUGCUCAUGUGUAUAACUAUGAACCACCAACAACCACAAGUAAUGCAAAUGGUAGAUAACAGCGAUACUGUCAACGUUGAGGACGUAUUUCGUAUAAAACGCGAUGCCCAAUCGUCAGAGGACUAUUUUCAGAAAAAAAAAUCUAGUUCAAAUUCUGCCAGUUCAAUAUCAGCGAUUAACACGCUUGCUCGUUAUGCCCUAAUAGCUUUGAAGCCUCGAUCUACACCUUGCUUAUACCGAGCUUUGUGUUUGGGUAACAAACAUGCAAGACAUUUGAAAGAUGCUAAUCGUUACUGGUUACCUGUAUGGCAUGGCGGUGUAGCGUGGUCCCGUGGCGGGGCACUCGGCGCGUUGAAGGCCGCCGCGCUGGGGCUGGGCGGCGCCGACUGCGAUCUCUUCUACCCUCCCGCUCAUUGCACAACACAAGGGUUGCGACUUGCGACCGACCCAUACUAGCAUUAUAUACAAAAACGUGACAGCGGAUUUAGUUUCAUCGAAAAUCCCAAUUCACAUUUAUAAAAUUUAAUAAGAUAAUAUACUUAAGUUAUAAAAUA